AUGGAUCGCUCUAGCCCCACAGGGUCCGACUCUGACGCUGGGCCUAGCCAGCCAGCUGGGCAGCCUUCCUAUGAUGACCUUGCUGCGUCUCUGUUGCGUGGCCCGCCCACCCCGCCGGUGUGGCAGCGACGCUCCCCCUCUCCGCCGCUGCCGCAGCCACCGGCCUCCCCCGCAGCCUCUUCUCCGUCUCCGCCGCCGCCGCCGGGACCGGACUCCCCCGCAGCCUCGUCUCCGUCUCCGCCGCCGCCGCCGGGACCGCCUCACUUGUACCAGCUCGUUCCGCGGGCGGGAGCCCCCAGUGGCCCACCUGCUACGCUGCUCCGCCCUCGUCAGCCGGCCGCUCUCAAGCGGCCCGUCCACACGACGUUCAUGCCGUCCGGUUGCGCUGGGGCAAACAGGGCCUCCGAUGUGAUGAUCUUCGCCGGCCCUCCUCGCGGAACUCUCCCGCGACCGCCAGUGCCCGCGCCGGAGGUGGUUCAGCUCCCGCAUCCGGCGGCGCCCGUUCAGGAGCAUGCUCCACUGGAGCCGCUUGAGGAGGACGUCCCCCCCUCGCCGCAGCACGGCUCACCACCGCCACCGCCCGAGGAGGUACCUGUAGAUCCCUCCUCCUCCACUGAGCGUGGCGAGGCGUCAGCUUCACCAUCGGGAGGAGCAGCUGCUGAUUCCGGCGACCCGUCGGCGGCGGCGGCAGCAGCAGCAGCAGACCCAGUGGCGCAGCAGCAGGGCAAAGCAACAAAUGUUACAACUCAUGCUGAAUGGCAAAGUUUAGGAUCUCUAGAUGAUUUUGAUGAUGACUCUUGACAGCAGAUGAUCAAUGCCUGAACUGGAGGAUGCUGUUUUACCUAGGUACAAGAUAUGUGAAGACAUUUCUUCAGUUUGCUGCAGCGUUUCAGGCAAAUACCGCUUCGCUGGAUCCAAAGUUCCACAGGGCUCCAGGAGUUACUCUUGUCGCUAACUGUCCGUCUUACUUUACUGUUGGGUAAAACUGGUGUACCUAUAAGAUGGCCGGGUUGUGGCCUAGCUUCGCAUUGUUGCAUCCUCCCUGUACGUACACGACUUUGCCGAUAGACAAUAUACAGCCCGAUCUGGGUGUCCUUCUUGA